UAUGAUCACCAGAGUGGUUCUGGUUACCUGGCAUAGAGAUUGAAAACUGUGCAGCGCAACUCUACUGAAAAGAUGAAGAAAUCAGAGCUUUUCAAGACAGCCCCAAGACUCUUCGCGACUUGUGUUCAAAUGCGAGACAGUUGCCAGGUGAUGAAUGCAAGGAAGCUAUGUCACUGAUGAGGCACUCAACUGACAUGAAACUUGUCAAAGAGAAAAUGAAGGUGACAUUUGAACAUAGGCAAAAAGUGAUUCAAGAUCCAGCCACAGCUUCUUCUGUCCUGGACCUUUUCCCAAGAUUUCUGGAUACACCUGGCUUGAUUGACCAAGACUUCACAAUGCUGUUUGGGGAGGAAGUGUCUGGUAAAUUCCUUGCGAAGUGGCCAACAUUCUUCAAGCCAAGAAUCAUCAAAGAUUGCAAGAAUCUGUCUCAGAGUACAGAAUUGGAUGAGCUGCUCGUUUCUUCACAUGGUGACUCUGACGAGGGUGUAUGGGACUGCGAGUUGGCUGCCAUUCUUUUGCUGCUUCACUUGUUACCUCCAACAUCUAAAGGAAGGAAGUCUUCAAAGAUUAGCACAUCAGAUGCUGCUCACCACCUAAUGAAAUUCAUGAAGGUGGGAGGUAGCAUGGAGACUUUUCUUAAGGCUGGCCCCAAUCAGCCAUUCCUCCUGUGUGUUGGAGAAAGAAAGAACAUCAUCCAGAGUUUCUACAUUGUCCUAGAUCAAAAGGUCAUUCCCUGUGUGACGCAGACAGGAGUUGCAGCUUUUGAUGAGCUUUUCAAGGGACAUUUUGUAUUUGCUGUGUCCUAUGACGAGGCAUUGCACAACUUCUACACAUUCAUCCAGACCACUGUGUAUGGCAUUGAUGUUGGCAGCGUGAAGGAGAGUCCUCGGGUCAGGGAAAUCAGAGCAAGAAUUCUUCACAGUACAGUCUAAAGACAUCGACUAUGACCGAAAAGGACCGGAAAUGUUCAUCUGUUACUUUUGCAAGAACACAACACAAGUUGCUCAGUGUUAUUUAGACAUGUCAAGUUCCAGCAUGGUUUGUAGGAAAGUUUUUACGUUUGACCUGUGGAGAUCCUAGAUGUUCAUCUCUUUGACAAGCAGCACCUCUCCCAAGCUCAUGGAGACUUUGUUGACUCAGGGGUCAUCAGUAUUUUUUAUUUUGAGCCUGCACCUUAUGAUGGAACCUCUGUUUCACAGCCUAUAAAUGUAGCUAAUCUCAAGACAGGCAAAUACUAGACAUGUACAGAACUGUUAUUUCUCAACUACAAUCCUCAAGAGUUCUGAAAGUACUGUAUAUAUUGUGGU